AUGUCGAUACUUAUUACCGGAGCCAGCGGCUACGUCGGCCAGGAAUUGGCCGCUUCGCUUCUUUCGAGUUUACCUGAUGCAUCGGUGAUCUUGACAGACGUGGUGGCCCCCAGUUUACCGGCGCCUGCCGCUCAACAUGCCUCACGCGCGAAGAGCGUCCAGGCCGACCUCACAUCGACCAAAGUGGUCGACGAACUGAUCAAGGAGACGAACCAGUUCGAAACGGUUUAUCUUCUCCACGGGAUCAUGUCCAGUGGCUCCGAGGCCAACUUCGAGCUGGGAAUUCGCGUCAACCUAGACGCAACACGGUAUAUCCUGGACCGACUGCGCACUACAAUGCCGGGCGUUAAGGUGGUGUUUACAUCCUCCUUGGCUGUUUAUGGCCGUGCACCUCCGGGCCUGGUCAUCGACGAGACGAACUUCCCUCCCGUGCCGUCUUCUUCCUAUGGGUCGCAGAAAUUGAUCGUGGAGACCUUACUAAACGAUUACUCGAGACGAGGAUUCUUGGACGGCCGGGCUGUUCGAUUGCCCACAGUGACGGUGCGAGCAGGGAAGCCUACCCAGGCCGCUAGCAGCUUUGCCAGCGACGUCAUCCGAGAACCGUUUAAUGGGAAGAAGGCUGUCUUGCCAGUCGACAAAUCCGUUGAGAUGUGGAUCUGUUCGCCGUACACGGUCGUCAAGAACCUGCUGCAUGCUCGGACGAUUCCAAAAGAGGCAUUCGGGGAGUCGAGAUCGGUCAAUCUUCCCGGGCUGAAGGUCAGUAUCCAGGAGAUGCUGGAUGCACUGGAGCAGAUCGGGGGACCGGAACGACGGGGCUUGGUGGAAGAAAAGUAUGAUGCAGAUAUCGAUCGGAUCGUUCAGACGUGGACUCCAGAUUUCGCGACGGCGCGUGCGUUGAAGCUGGGGUUCUCGGAGGAUAUUUCCAUGGUCGAAAAUAUUCGGCAGUAUGCAGCUUCACUUACUUAA